AUGUACGCGACCGAUCCAAAGUCGGGUCCCGCCGCCCGCCUCUUUGCCGUGCCCAUGUCGAAGCGCUUCAUCGUGGCCAUUGCGGCCGCCGUUGGCUUCGUCUGGAUCCUGCUACAGAGCCACCGCAUCCAGCCGGUGAGGGACCGCGCCAAGGCUCUCUACGGGAACAACAUUCUCGACAAUAUCAACAACAGCACGCUGGGUUUUGAGAAAAUCUAUGUCAUGGGCCUCGCCUCCCGCACUGAUCGACGCGACGGCAUGGCUCUGCAGGCCGCCCUGAGCGAACUGUCCAUCGAGUUCAUUGACGGACCCAUGGGCGACAAUAUUUCUGAAAAGGCCAUCCCGGUUGGCGAAGAUGGAAAGCACCUUGAAGGCGGCGAGCUCGGCUGCUGGCGUGGCCACAUCAACGCCCUGCAAGAAAUCGUCCGCCUCAACAUUUCCUCCGCGCUCGUUCUCGAGGACGACUCGGACUGGGAUGUCCGCAUCCGCUCCAUCAUGCAAGACCUCGCCCUCUCGACCCAGGCCCUGACGCAGCCCCUCGCCGGCAGCACUUCGUCGUACGCCGACUCGACCUACCCGCGCAACGACGACAAGCAGAACGCCACCGUGCCCGAGUUCGACAUCAACGCGCUCCCGCGCACUGUGACGCCAAAAAUCUCGCCCUACGGCGACGAGUGGGAGAUGAUGUGGCUCGGCCACUGCGGCAUGAGCUUCCCCGCCGCUUCCGAGGGCCUGCCCAUGGGUCGCGUCAUCCACACCGACGAUGCGACGGUGCCGCCGUCGGGCCUGUGGUCCUUUGCGCCCAAGCCGCACACGCUCAUCGAGGACUACCCGAAGCGCACCCGCGCCGUCCACCACGUGUCUAACGGCGUUUGCUCGCUCGGCUACGCCGUCACGCAACAGGGCGCCCGCGGCCUGCUGCGCGAAAUUGGCCUGCGCGAGGUCAAGGACCCCUUGGACAUCCUGCUGCGCUUCUACUGCAUGGGCCUCGCUGGCCGCCGCAAGCACAACUGCAUCGCCGCCCAGCCCCCCAUCUUCAACCACCACCGCCCCGUCGGUCCAAAGUCGAGCAACAGCAACAUUGGCGACCACGGAACCGAGUUCCAGAACGAGCCGCACACGGACAUGGUGCAGUGGAGUGUCCGCUUGAAUGCCGAUGCCAUUAUGGAUGGCCAGACGGAGUUUACAGACGCCUACUAG